AUGAAUUUGGUGAAGAAGUGUAAGAGGGUAUUGGGAAGCAGCAAGAGAUUGUAUGAUCCACAAGACAGUAGUAGAAGUGGAAGCUAUGGAAAAUUAUCAGACAAGUGUCACAAAAAGCAAAAAGAUAAUACUAAGAAACCACCAAAUGGUUGUGUUUGUGUCUAUGUUGGAGCUGAGAGACAAAGAUUCAUAAUCAAGAUCAAAAUAUUCAAUCACCCUUUGUUCAAAACGUUUUUGGAAGAUGUUGAGAAUGAAUAUGGUUAUAGAAAUGAUGGUCCUCUAUGGCUUCCUUGUCAUGUUGAUUUGUUCUGUGAGGCUGUUGUGGAGAUAGAGAGUGAUGAGGUUGAUAUGGGUUCUGUAGGUUGCAAUUUUCCUAUGGUUCACAAACAUAGCUCGGUUUCCCAUGGUUGCAAUUUUUACUAUUUGAGUUCAUGUGAUGCCAGUUACGAGGUUUUGGUAUGA